AUGGAUCAGCAAGCAACGAAACGCAACCAGGAGCAAGUGGUGGUCCCGAGCGGGGUUGGGCGGGUGCGGGCAAGGCGACGCCUCACCAGGACGAUGAAGGCAAUCCGGCAGGGGCGGACUCUGAUGGCGACCGGGUCCCGCUCUCGGUCAGUGUUCGACACCCUACGGCUAUUCCGGCGCAGCUUCAUUUUCCAGACGAAGGAGUUCUUCGACAACUCGACGCUACACGGUGUACGGUACAUCGCCGAAGAGGGCCGGCCAUUCUUCGAGCGGUUCAUGUGGUUCUGCUUCGUCGCAUUUGGCUUCAUCGCAGCGGUCGUGAUCAUCUUCAGCCUGUGGGAGAAGUUCCAGACGAACCCGACCAUCACCGGGCUGGAUACGGACUUCCACAACCAGCAGGUGAUCUUCCCGACCGUGCUCGUCUGCCCAACGGCGCCGUAUGAUGAGGAGGCGGUGCAGCGGGAAGCCCAUCAGCACCUGGCCGGGUAUGAGCCAGGUGGUGAGGCGUUCGAGCCCUUCCUGAGGUUGCUGACGCAGCUGUCGUAUGACAGCAUCCGUGAGGUGGCGGCCAUGUUGAGUGACAUGCCUAGUACACCUGCGCUGCGGACGGCGAGCCUGCGUGAGCUGGUGUUCAAGGUGGCGGUGCGUUGUAACGACACAUUCGCUGCCUGCCGGUACAAGGACGAGGACAUCGAGUGCUGUGAGAUGUUCAAACCGAUGUACACCGAGCACGGGUUCUGCUAUGCGUUUAACGCUCGCUACACCAACAACUGGCGCGUUGAGAUCCUCAACACCGAGGUGUACGUGCUGUUCGAGACGGACAAGAAGUGGGCGCUGACGUUCGAGCCACUGCGUGAAAGCAACAUCUUCGUGCACUCGUACAACGAGAUCUCCGGCUGGGACUUCCAACCGCAGGUGAUGUGGGACGUCGACUCGAAGGUGGAGUUCCUCAUCUCAAUGAAGCAGACGUACACCACCGAGGACGCUCAGCAGCUCUCGAUCGGGCAGCGGAAGUGCAUCUUCCCGGAGGAGGAGAAGCUGCAGUACUACCAGGACGCGUACACCUUCUCCGGUUGCAUGAAGGAGUGCCGCAUCGCGAAGAGCCUCAAGUUCUGCAAGUGUGUCCCACCGUUCUACGCACCGGUACGUACGAUCCCGACCUGUACCGCUGGUAGCUUUCAGUGUCUGAGCGAGUACACCGACAAUAUCACCAGCAUCCAUAGCUGCCAGGGUUGCGAGCUCGGUUGCCUCAACACGGUGUAUGACAUCGAGAAGUACUCCAAGAUCAUGAAGACGGAAGAGGAGCAACAGGAGGCGCAGGUCACGAUCGAGUACCUAACCUGGCCGAUAAUUCGCUACAAGCGUGAGGUAUUGUUCGGCUGGGUAGACCUGCUGGUGUCAUUCGGUGGCAUCGCCGGGCUGUUCCUGGGCUUCAGCUUGCUGUCAGGUGUCGAGAUACUGUACUUCUUCACGAUGCGCGCGUUCUGCAUGCUGUACAAGAACCGAGACGAGCUGGAAGCGAUCGAAAAGGAGCAGGUCAUCAAGUCGAUGAGCCGCCACGAGCUGGGCCUUAGACCGAUCGCACCACCGCAGGUGACGCCACCCGACAAGCAGCAGGUGUUCGUGAAGCUGAUCACGAGCGAGUACAAGGCGGCCCAGUACCGCAGUGGAGAGGUUCCAGCCUACGCCGGUGUGAACCGGAACCGGUUGAAUCAGCUGCGGCACCAAGCGCAGAAGAAGCACGGCCUGUUUCAGCAGGGCCAUGUCAGCUACGCGAGCCAUACCAGGCACGCAGAGAAGAAGGCACUCCAGUAUGGCGAGACAGGAGGCUACAUCUACGACGGGUAUUUGCCGUAG